GAUCAGCUCCCUGCCGACUACAAUCAUCCGAUUCACGCCACCGUCACAACCUCGUCAACUUUUAUUGUGAUAUUGUAUGGCACGUUUCGGUUUCAGAACGUUCCUGUGGCUCCCUGUGAUUUCUGUGCCUUGUAGAAACGCCCGUUCGCGGCCCUCUCACCCCUCUCUGCGUAAGCUGUUGUCGUUUGCUGGGGCAAAUAUUGCACCGAAGCAGUUGCCCGCCUCCACCAGGAGAAGGCUGCGUGCCGUGCCUGAGCUCAAGGCUGUGCCUUGCAACGACUUUUCGCAACCAACACCAGCGCAACCAACCUGCCGCCACACACCCACGAUCGCCGCUUCGAACACAUAGGCCAGUCCGCGGCAACGUAACGACGACUCGGAGCGCUGAACCACAUCGGUCUUGGCAACAUGUCUCUAUGCACUCUACGCCUCGGCGAGGAGAGGUAAGCAGUCGUGCUGCCCUCAGGACAUGGGACGGGAGGCUUGAUGCGCAUCGCGAGACCUCGAACCAGCGCUGUCUGGCAGAACCCUCUAUCUGACCUGUCGCAAUAGGAAGCAAUGGCGCAAAGACCA